AGAGAGAGAGAGAGAGAGAGAGAGAGCUGUGCAGGAAGCGUGAUAUUAUUGCGGUGGAAGCAAAACAGCAAGAGUGAAUCUGUGACGAUGUUUUUCAAACAUGAAGUGUAGUGUCGUCUCCCAAUUCAGGGGGUGAAUCUUUCGGACCGAUUUGAAAGCUGAUUAUGUCACAGCGAGACAACGAAGGCUGCUGCAGAAGCAGAUGAAGAAUAUCGAAAAACUAAAUGUUAACCCUUUGCACAUUUCAUGUAAUUUUGCUUGGCAGUUUACUUAUUUUUACUGUUUGUCCUUUUUUGUGCUCCUUUAUUUCAUCUGCACUUGUCUGUUUGUGACGUCUGCACUGUGCCGUGUUUUUGUUAUUCAAUAAAUGCAUUGCAAAAAACAACAACAACAAAAACAAAUGCGUCCUCCGGAUUUGAAGAUGGGUCGGGGGUAUCCUUCGUUGUCCACGCUAUCCCAGGAUUCAUAGCAUGGCAGAAGAGUAAGCUUUUAAUAGUAAGUACUCAGUUUUAUGUCACUCAUUUAUGCGGCGAAACAAACGUUUUAAGAAGCCUUGCACUUCCGGCCUGCGAAGGCCAUGUACGUCGAAGGAUGCCCCAAGAGCACCUGGCUGCAGCCACUGUGGAGCUCCACAGUACAGUGUACCUUCUCAAGGAUGCGGCCCCUGAGUGGCUGAGUUCCACAUUUCCGCCUGUAGGUGGCGAUGAUGCAGCCGCAAGUUGGUUACUACACAAACAUUUAGAACUAAAGAAGAAAGUCGCCGCGUACUGUUCUGUUUCAGCGGUGUCGUUCCGAGUUUUCUUCAAGGAUACGGUGACUGUUACCAGGCCAUGGAUAGCUCGUACCGCUCAGACACUUCGGGCUAUAACAGCAGCUAUGUGCACUCGCAGUACAGUCACCCCGGGCUUCACGAAGCGCGGGAGCCGGACCUCACGGCUCCACAGUGGACGCCUCCGCCGGCUUACGACGCUCGUCCCUUCGGUGUGGGUUUCACGGGGCCACCUUUUGCCCAACCUUAUGGAUUUGACCCCUCUGUGCCCCCGCCUGGUUUCGGCUGCCCACCCCCCGGACACCUCCUGAACGCGCCACUCCCAAGCAUCCCCGGAGCCCCCCAGCAACUCCAAACACGGCCUCACGCUCCUCGCUGUGACCGUGAGCUAGCGUCAAACCGCAGCCACACGGAGCACCGCGGCCCGGUAGCGACACGGGAUCCGGACGAUGAUGUGACCCGGCAGAGGAAGCAGGACACGAAAUGGGUCAGACAGUUCUUACAGGCCACAGGGAAGAAGAGCUGCGGGAGGCUACAGAGCCAGCACUCGCCGCAACUGAGCUCCAUCUCCUCCCUCAGACAGGCUCUGUACGGGGCAGCUCAGCUCAUUUCACGGCUGGAAGACCUUUGUCACACUCUGACUCACUCUCUGCACGGUGACGGUGAGUGGACGCACUCAUACUUAAGGGCUUUAGGCAUCAAGGCAGAGCUGGCGGACAAAGCCAGACUUCUCGCCGACACCUCACGGUUAGGUGAGCUGAAGGCUCAAGUGUCCCGGGCUGCUUGCAGGAGGCUCCGCAGACUCAGAGCCAGGAGAGAAGCAAAGACGGAGGAGAAAGACGCGGAAGAGCGCAGGUCUCUCAAAGAGACCGCUGUAGACAAAUGGAGGAUGAAACUGAUGCAGGAAGUGGAGGAGAAGAAAAAGGAGAAGGAACUGAAGAUGGCUGCAGACUCUGUCCUUUGUGAAGUUAGGAAGAAGCAGGCGGAUGUGAAGAGGAUGCAGGACAUCCUGAGAUCCCUGGAGAAGCUGCGUAGGCUGAGGAGAGAAGCGGUAUCCAAGAAAGGCAUUGUGACUGAGUUGCAAAACGAUGAGGUGUUCAGCAGCACCCUGGAGCAGCUGAGACUGGUGAUAAAGAGGAGGACUGUAGUUUACUCGGCAGAGGAGAAGGCCCUGAUGGUGAUGCUGGAAGGAGAGCAAGAGGAGGAGAGGAGGAGAGAGCGGGAGCGCCGAGUGAGGAAGGAGAGAGAGCGACAACUGCAGAGGAAGCACAGAGUAGACUCCAUGCUGUUUGGGGAGGAGUUCCCAGGCAGCUGUGCCCUGCAGCCCUUCAGAGACUAUUACAGCCAGGCGGAGCACUCGCUGCCUGCGCUCAUCCACGUCAGAAAAGAAUGGGACACAUGUUUGGUGGCAGUAGAUCAUCCUGGUAGUUCAUCCGUUCCUCAGAGCUGGGUCCUGCCGAACCCCCCAUCAGACCAGGCCUGGGCCUCCGCCCUGCAGACGAGUGACACGGACUGUGAGAACCUCUGACUGGUCCUCGGCUGCACAGUGCAACAACCAGGUGACGGUGACAAAGAUGGCCGCAGCUUACCUGGAGCUUUCAACGCGCUUCCAUCGACACUUAGACGAGAGGAGCAGCAGUCUCUGCAUUUGAAACGGAUGUAAGCCUUCUUGGGACAACAGGAAGUGUUUUAUCUGUGAGGUGCAGCGUGGAACAGCCCACAGUAUGGACUUAUGCCUGUUUUCUUUACUCAGUAACAGUUUGUAUUUUACUCUGAUGAAUUUUCUAAAGACAAAAUAAAAUGAACAAUAUGAA